AUGCGAUUGACAGAUCCGGAAAAAUAUUUCAACUACCUCAGAAUGUCAUCAACAACAUUUAACGAGUUACUCAAUAUUGUUGGUCCACUGAUUGAAAAACAACAUGUAGUUCGAGAACCAAUACCACCCAGAACAAGAUUAGAAGUGACUCUACGAUGGUUGGCAUCUGGCGACAUGACAUCGCUAUCAUAUGCUUUCCGCAUUGCCCAAUGUACGCUAUCACGAAUUAUUCCGGAAACAUGUCAAGCAAUUUGGCUCUCUUUAAAGGAUAAAGUUAUAAUUGAUCCAACUGAAGAAAAUUGGAAUACAAUUGCAAGAGACUUUGAGGAAACGUGCGAAUUUCCAAACUGUAUAGGCGCUAUCGAUGGAAAGCAUGUCGUAAUUCAGGCACCGCCUCGUAGUGGUUCGUGCUACUAUAACUAUAAAGGAAAUCACAGCAUAAACCUGCUCGCAGUAAGUGAUGCCAAGAAUCGCUUCACCAUUGUUGAUAUUGGAGCUGAAGGAAGGCAAAGCGACGGAGGUGUUUUUGAAAACAGUGGAUUACCACAUCUACUUGAGACGAAUGCUCUUCAUAUCCCUCUACCAACACGUUUGAAUAAUACAGAUUUGGAAUUUCCGUACGUUUUGUUGGGAGAUGAGGCCUUUCCUUUGAGCACAUAUAUAAUGCGACCAUAUCCUCGUAGUGGACAACUGAAUAUUAGUAGAAAAAUUUUCAAUUAUCGCCUGAGCAAGGAGAACAGUUGA